AUCUAAAAAUAGAACCAAACAUGCACUAAAGUUCCUAACUAACACUUCUUUAUAAUAAGACGGGAUGGAGUAGUUAAUGCGUUUUAUUUCCUCUACAUUGUUCGGUGUUAAUUCAACUCCAUUGCUACUUCCACACCGAUUGUCACUCAGAUUUAUCGCAUGGCAACUGCACCUUCAUCAUCAUCGCCGUCACCGGCUGUCACCGGCGAUACUAACACCACUCCACCGCCUUCUUCUCCGCCUGUUCCCAACGCUUCCCCUUCUCCUUACUCUACUAUCGAUUUCCUCACUGUCUGUCACCACCUCAAGACAACAAAGAGAUCAGGAUGGGUGAGAAGAGACGUCAAGAAUCCAGAAUCUAUAGCUGAUCAUAUGUAUCGAAUGAGUUUGAUGGCUCUGAUUGCACCAGAUGUCCCUGGUCUAGAUCGAAACAAGUGCAUCAAAAUGACUAUUGUUCAUGAUAUUGCAGAAGCAUUGAUUGGGGACAUAACCCCCCUUGAUGGAAUUUCAAAAGCAGAAAAGAGUGAACGAGAACAAGCAGCGGUUGAUUACAUGUGCAAAAUAAUUGGAGUAGGAGAAGGAUCGAGAGGAAAUGAAAUAACUGAGUUGUGGAUGGAGUACGAAGCAAAUUCUUCCCCAGAAGCGAAAUUUGUCAAAGAUCUUGACAAGGUUGAAAUGAUACUUCAAGCCCUGGAAUAUGAAGAUGAGCAAGAGAAGGAUUUGGAUGAAUUUUUCCAGUCAACUGCUGGGAAGUUCCAAACUGAAAUUGGCAAAGCUUGGGCAUCGGAGAUUGUAUCCAGAAGGAAUAAUACCUAAAUUCCCCUGUCCUUCUAAUUCAACUCGGGAGUUUAUGGAUUUCCCUUAAAAGUCUUGAUCUCAAUUGGUUACUGUAGCAUGGGUGAGAAUCUUAGGUGGUGGAGAUAUGUUAACUGUAAGCUGUACAAAUCCCCAAUAGUAGGUGUGCAUGAAGCAACAUUAAGUAAAUGAUUUAGCUGGAUUAUCUUGCAUGAAGCAACAUUGAGGAAAUGAUUUAGCUGGAUUAUCUUGUAUUAAUAUACAUUUAACUUUGUUUGGUAUUCAUUAGACCUCAUUGAUAUGAAAGGACCAAAGGUAAAGAACUUUUAUUUUCCGACUGGAAAAAGUAUUAACUUGAAAAA